UUUGAGGUUAGAUUUUGAGUUUUGUGCGUUUGUUUGUCAUUAGAAAAACAAUUUUUGGCAUUUUGUGGUUUCUUCUGAUAUUUUGUGGAUAACUUUCUAUAUUAGGUGUUGAUUAAAUUCCAUUUAAUCUUUUUUGAAGAUAUUUUCAGACAUUCAGCAAGAAUUAAUGGGGAAACAUGAGAAAUGGAGAAAGAUUGCUAAAAAAGUUAGAAGAAAACGUAUUAGACAAUCUCUAGCGAAAAUCAGACAUGAAAAAGAAGAACAAGAACAAAGAAAACGAGAACAAUCCCCGACAUACAUUCAACUUCUUCAAAAAUAUGAAGAGGAAGAGGCGUUUCAAGAAGAAGAAGAAGCUAGAUUGAGAGCCGAAGCGGAGCAACGAUGGUUGCAAAUCGAAGAAGAAGCGCAAAAACAAUGGCGGGAAUUACAAAAGAAGCUUGAAGAAGCUCGUGAAGAUAGAAUUCGCCAAAACUUGCUUAUUAAACUAGAAUGGGAGAAGGAACAAAAACGACUCAAAGACCUAAAAGAAGCCAAAGAACGAGAACGUGAAGAAAAUGAAAAAAGACAGCAGCAACUUCGUGAAGAAAUUGAAAACUUUAUCGCCCAUGGCGGCGACACUCCUGAACACCUUAAAGUCUAUAUUGAAAUGAAUCCAAAUAAACCAGUUUGUCCCUUUUUUCAAAAAACCUCAGCGUGUCGCUUCAAAGAUUCGUGUUCUCGCAAUCACAUCAAACCGGGAGUUAGUCGAAUUUUGCUUAUACCAAAUUUUUAUUCACACUAUAGUUUAGAACAGACUGAAAGUGAAUAUGACGACUCGUCGUUGGAGUUUGAAAAUCACGAAACGUAUUCGCAUUUUAAAGAUUUCUUCUUUGACGUAUUACCUGAAAUGGAAAGGUAUGGGAGAAUUCGCCAGUUUAAAGUUUGUUGUAAUCGCGAAUCGCAUUUACGAGGGAACGUUUAUGUCGAAUACAGUACGACUCGGGAGGCUGUGAGGAGUUUUCACGUUUUUAACGGACGUUGGUACGGGGGCAAACAGCUAAGUGUCGAGUUUUGUAACAUUGAGUCCUGGAAAUCAGCGAUUUGUGGUUUACAUAGUCGCAAAAGGUGUCCCAAAGGCAGUUCUUGCAAUUUUCUUCACGUGUUUCCAAAUCCACAUAACUUGUUUUAUUUAGCUGACAGAGAUGAACAUAGAACACCGUCCAGAAGUAUUAGCAGGGCGGAGACAGAAGAAAGAAAUUGGAGAUGGUCUGAAUCACCCGAAAGAUUUCCGGGUAAUCACACAAGUAGCCAUAAAAAGCGUGAAGAAAAACACACAAGAAAUGGAUCUAAUUCUAAAAGACGAACUCAGGAUAGAUCACAUAAUAGGAGAAGUUCUAAAAGUAGAAAAAGGAGUAGAAGUAGACGAGAAAGUAGAAACGAUAGAAAAGAUUCCAAAUAUCGUUGAUUGUUACAAAUUUUAUAGAAUAAACGUGUUAA